CUGCCCUGGCCCAGGUACGCAGCCGGCCGACCGGGCGAAGCUUAGCUGCGAUUGGCCUGCCACUCGCUCUCCCUACCCUAUAGCACGCGAAGUCCGGCCAAACACCGCCUGUUGAAUCCUCGCCUGCCGCUCCUCAGGUCUCGGCGGCGCUCUCGGUCUCGGCUUCUGCCUUCCGCACGCGUCGCCCAGCGCAACGUUUCCCCUGAACUAUUUUCUCAUUUGGGGCUGCAAGACCGAUAAGGAGUGCCCAUCCCAAUUUCUCUGUGCUUGUACAUGGUAUUAAUGAGAAAGGAGUAUUGAUUUCUUGUUCUGUGGGGAAAUGGAAGGAAAUAACCUACCCUCUGGAAACUUGAUGCAAGGAACACCUUAUGGCAGUUUAGACUUGCAUCGUAACCCUAUGCAAAUGCACACUCCAAACUCUGGAAAUCAGGGCUUCAACCAUUCUCAGAUGCCGGGCAAUUUCCCCAUCCAUCUGAACCAGGUUACAGAUCCAGAUCACUUGUCAGAAUUUCAAUUUGGAGAACAUGGCAAGGCUGAUCACCACCAGCACCAGCACCACCACCAUCACACAAAAAAUAGCAUGAGUGAUGAUGAGGAGCAUGGUGUGAACGAGGAUGCCACUGAUAGCCAGACCGGCAAGGGAAAGAAGGGCUCUGCAUGGCAUAGGAUGAAGUGGACUGAUUCAAUGGUUAAGCUUUUAAUUACUGCAGUGUCUUACACUGGGGAGGAUCCUGGAACUGAAUUAGGAGGUGGUAGGAGGAACUGUGCAAUGGUGCAGAAGAAAGGCAAGUGGAAGGCAAUAUCAAAGGUCAUGGGGGAGCGAGGCUGCCUUGUGUCCCCACAACAGUGUGAGGAUAAGUUCAAUGACCUCAAUAAGAGGUAUAAAAGGCUUACCGAUAUCCUUGGUCGGGGUACUACUUGCAAGGUUGUGGAGAAGCCAGAACUUCUGGAUGGCAUGAAUAUCUCUGAUAAGAUGAAAGAUGAUGCAAGGAAGAUAUUGAACUCUAAGCACUUGUUCUAUGAGGAGAUGUGCUCCUACCACAACAACAACAGGAUCAGUUUGCCUGAAGAUCCUGCACUUCAGCGUUCAUUGCAGCUUGCUCUUAGGUGUAAAGAUGAACAUGAUGCAAGGAGGAGAGCAAGUGGAGAUGCUGAUGAAGAUGAUCAAAGUGCAGACACUGAUUAUGAGGAAGAGACCGAUGAUGAGCAUCACACGGCGCAUGUUGAUAAGGGGGCCCUACCCAUGCAUAAAAGGAUGCGGCAUAUGGUGGAUCAGGAGGAUGUAGGUUAUGGGAACUCUUCCAGCUCACAUGACUGUAGCAGGAGGUCUGAUCCCCAUAGCAUCCCAGUGGAUAUCAACAAAGUUUUUCCAGAUGGAACUAACUUGGCGAUGGUGCAAAAUGACUUAGCUGCACAGUCUAUGGAGAUCGAGAAACAGCGCAUGCAAAUUGAAGUUGAGGCGCUGGAUCUCACAAAGCAACGCCUCAAGUGGGAGCGGUUCAGUAAAAAGAAGGACAGAGAACUAGAAAAGAUGAGGUUGGAUAAUGAACAAAAAAAGAUUGAGAAUAAACGUUUGGAGCUGGAGGUAAGGCACAGAGAGUUAGAGCUUGAACUCAAGCUAAAAGGCAAUGGCGAUGAUGUUUGACAUGAUAAUAUUUUUUAAGCGAUGAAGACUGACUUGUAAGAUGGUUUCUGAUGGCAUUGAUGCUAGAGUACUGCAAGAAGGUAGACAAGGACAACAUUGACCAUGUACAUCUACAGGCAUUGCAAUCGAGAAGAGUUGGUUUUAUUGGUUUUAUGAUGCCUAGGAUGGUUCUCUUCAAUAUUAUUUGUACAUUGGAGCGGAUUUGUACCGUAACUCUGAUUUCUAAAUGAGUGCUAGGCUCUAACCACAAAUAAAGUGAAUUCGCGAAAACAUGGUAUGCGCUGUUGAUUUGCCACAAAUUUCUUCGUACAGUUUCUGUAUAAAAAGGUCAGAUUGUUCAUCCAGAUUUUAAGAUGC